AUGGCCUCGAGAUACCCAGAAUAUGGUCAAUCAUUCGUAGGAGUUAACGUAAAAAGAACUCCAAUUCGCCAUAAUAAUAAUAAUAACGUAAAUUAUAUCAAAAGAAAUUCACAGCCUACAGGAAAAAAAAAUGCUGGUGUUAAUUCACUCCCUAUAAGAGAAAAUGCAAAUAUUGCUAAUGUUGUUAGUUCAUUAUCUACCGAAGAAGAAGAAUCAACACUCGAGACUUUUGUUGAAAUAACUGAUCUAGAAAAAGAUCAGAAUUCUAAACUUAUAGUCGAGAUUACUGAACUGAAAAGGGAGAAAGCCGAACGAUUGGCUAAGGAAGCAGGACUUGUGACUAGAAUAAUAGAAUUAGCCGAGAAAGCAAAAUUAAGAGAUACUGGGCUCAAUACCAGAAUCAUGGAUCAGUAA